AUGUCCGGCCUUCUGAAGCCGGAGAAGGACUACUCCAAGGAUGCCGACAAACUCAUCCCGGAGGCUGAGAUCCUUGCUAAGACCGAUGUCCAGGGUGCGAUUGAUAAGCUGCUGGUCUUGGAGAAGCAAGCACGACAAUCUUCCGACCUCGCCACUACCUCGCGUCUCUUGGUUACUAUCGUAACCAUCAGCAAGAACUCGGGCGAUUGGGCCCUUCUCAACGACCAAGUCCUCCUCCUUUCCAAGAAACAUGCCCAGCUCAAGCAGGCCACAACACGAAUGGUGCAGGCGGUAAUGAAGUUUUUGGAUGACACUCCCAACGCUGAGGUUAAGUUGAGCGUUAUCGAGACCCUGCGAACAGUCACUGAGGGAAAGAUUUUCGUCGAAGUCGAGCGAGCUCGUGUUACCCGCAUUUUGUCUGAUAUCAAAAAGUCCCAAGGCGAUCUUACUGCCGCAGCAGACAUUCUGUGCGAGCUGCAGGUGGAAACAUUCGGAUCAAUGUCGCGACGAGAGAAGACUGAAUUUAUUCUGGAACAAGUUGCAUUGUGUAUCGAGCGUGGAGAUUGGACUCAGGCGACGAUUCUUAUUCGCAAGAUCGGCAAGAAGUAUUUCUCCCGCAAACCGAAGAAGACUGCCGAGGAGAUCGAGAAGCUCAAGAAGGAGGCCGAGGAGCAGGAGAAGAACCGUGGACCUGACGAUCCCCCGGUUGAGGUGUUUGACGAUGUGACCGAUCUUAAGCUGCGUUACUACGACCAGCAAAUUAUUCUGGCCAACCACGACUACAAGUACCUCGAUGUGUGCAAGCACUACCGAGAAGUCCUGGACACCGAGGCAGUUGAGACGAACCCUGAGCACCUGCGUGCAUCCCUCGCACGCAUUGUGUAUUAUAUUGUCCUGUCUCCUUACGACAAUGAGCAGUCAGAUCUGUUGCACCGCAUUCAACAAGACUCACGACUCUCCCAGGUCCCAGAGGAAGCCCGACUAAUCAAGCUGUUCACCAUCCCCGAAUUGAUGCGCUGGCCCGUGGUCUCAGAGCAGUUCGGAGCUCACCUGUGCGGCACUGAUGUGUUCGAUGCCCAGGCCCAACCGUCCACCGAAAACCAAGCUCACCGGAGAUGGCAAGAUCUGCGCAAACGAGUCAUCGAGCACAACGUCCGUGUCGUAGCCAAGUACUACACCCGCAUCCAGAUGAGUCGGUUAACCCAACUCCUUGACCUUACUGAGGAUGAGACGGAGAAGUACAUCAGCGACCUUGUUACUUCCAAGACUAUCUACGCCAAGAUCGACCGGCCUGCGCGUUUAGUCAACUUCGCCAAGCCCCGUGAUGCAGACGAUGUGCUCAACGAGUGGAGCAGCGAUAUGAAGAGCUUACUUGGUCUGUUGGAGCGUAUCGAUCAUUUGAUCACUAAGGAGGGCAUGAUGGCUCGUAUUCAGCCAACUCUUAACGAAAAGGCCAAGGCUUCAUCGGACUGA